CAGACGAACCCAGCCGAUGAUAGCCGAAGCAGCUUGCAACCAUUUUCGUGAAUUUUUGGUCGCGGGUGGUGACUGAUAGACAUUACUGAAGUAGUGUCGUUUUCCUGGCUUCAGCAAUUUCGAGACAAUGCCAUCUCUGUUAUUUUGUGGCCCCAAAUUGGCCGCCUGUGGCAUUGUGUUGAGCAUAUGGGGAGUUGUAAUGCUGGCGAUGCUGGGCAUCUUCUUCUGUUCAAAAUCAGCUGUGCUGAUCGAGGAUGUUCCCUUCACCGAGGAAGACAUCCGUAAUGACAAAAGCCCACCCCAGAACAUCUAUUCACUGUACAAUCAAGUGGGCAUCAACUGUUUCAUUGCUGCGGCCAUCUACGUUGGAGUUGGUGCAGUCUCUCUAUGCCAGGUUCGCCUGAACAAACGUCAGGAGUACUUGGUGACAUAAAUUGAACAGAUUACAAGCAGUUCACGAAAUCUUCCAAGCAUUAUUUAUUUGUAGGUGGUUUGUGCGACAACCUGUGGAUUAGCAUUUUAUUCAUUAUAUUGGAGUGACUCCUGUAGCAGUUCAACAUCCCCUUUUAAGAACCUUGAUUUGGGACACAUAUAGAUAAAAAGAGACUAAUUAAUAUAGCUAAUUAAUGAAUUGUUUAUCAAGUAUUAAUGAUUGUUUAUAUGCAUGUCUGUGAAAAUCCUUUUAAACUGAAAAACCACUAGUCUGAGAGGAUACGUUUUAAUAAAAUCCACAUUCCCAGUAAAAGUGGAAAGUAUAUAAUGAAAGUCAAACUGAGUGGACCAAAAUAAAAGCAGCAGGUAUUGAACUUAUCCUGUGGCAUCAUAAAAUGAAAAAUGGAGCAAUCUGGUGUCAUGAUUGUUUAAUAGUAAUUUAUUUUAUUUAAUAUGCUACCUAACACAAAGUUCUUUUUAUGUUCUAUUUUAUUGUUAACUUAUUUUACUUUACCUUGUAUUUCUCAGUCGUUCAUUUACUUGAUGUGGUUGCUGUUACACUAUGAAAGUGCUAUGUGUAAAGAUGUGAAAUGUCCUUUUGAGUAACAUGUCAAGUGGAAAUAAAAGGCUCAUUGUUUCACCA